AUGUCAGCAAGAGCCAACUCACGGGACAGCAUGAAAGUAUUGAACACGUGUAGUGCCAACGGGGACAAGCCGGUGUUUGUGAGAGGAGUUGACCCUGCAGCUGGAGUCACCUCACCCCGCAUUCUCGAGAGCGGGCAACGUCAAUGGAAGGGAAAAUUUGGGCAUGUGAUUCAUACCGAAGAAAUCCUUCCUUUAAAGCUCAAAGACCCCUCGAAAAAAUACCGCAAAUUCACGCCCCUCCACCUGCCCAACCGCCAAUGGCCCUCCAAAGCCCUCGACAAAGUGCCCCGCUGGCUCGCGACCGACCUGCGCGACGGCAACCAAUCCCUCGUCGACCCCAUGGACGGCGAGCAGAAAUGGCGCUACUUCCAGCUGCUCGUCCAGUUGGGGUACAAGGAGAUUGAGAUCUCGUAUCCCUCGUCCGGCGCGACGGAUUUUGAUUUCACGAGAAGGUUGGUCAGUACGGAGGGCGUGGUGCCGGGGGAUGUGUGGUUGCAGGUUCUCAGUCCUUGUAGGAAGGAGUUGAUCAAAAGGACGGUGGAGAGUUUGAAGGGCGCGAAAAAGGCGAUUCUGCAUUUGUAUGUCGCGACGAGUCCGUGUUUUCAGCAGGUGGUGUUUGGGGCGUCGAAUGCGGAGCAGAUCGCGCUGGCGGUCGAGUGUACGAAAUACGCGAGGAGCAUUACGAAAGAUGACCCCGAGAGUGGGGUGGAGGAGUGGUUGUACGAGUUCUCGCCCGAGACGUUCUCGGAUUCCGACCCGGAUUUUGUCAUUGAGCUGUGCGAGGCUGUGAAGGCGGCGUGGGGACCAAGUGAGAAGGAGAAGAUUAUCUUCAAUCUGCCGGCGACGGUGGAGAUGAGCACGCCGAACGUCUACGCGGAUCAGAUUGAGUACUUUUGCACCAAGAUGAGCGAGAGGGAGAAAAUGUGCGUGUCCCUGCACCCGCACAAUGACCGCGGGUGUGCGGUGGCAGCGGCGGAGCUCGCGCAGAUGGCGGGCGCGGAUCGUGUGGAGGGGACGUUGUUCGGGAACGGCGAGCGGACGGGGAAUGUGGAUUUGGUCACGCUGGCGCUGAAUCUGUACACGCAGGGCAUCCACCCGGGGGUGGACUUCAGCGACAUCAACUCCGUGAUUGAGAUUGUGGAGAAGAGCAAUAAAAUCCCCGUGCAUCCGCGCGCGCCUUAUGGCGGGGAGCUGGUGUGUUGUGCGUUCUCGGGCAGUCAUCAGGAUGCGAUCAAGAAGGGUUUCAACGCGCGGAAGGCCGAGGGGCUGGGCAAAGACGACCCCUGGCGCAUGCCGUACUUGCCUCUGGACCCCCAGGAUAUCGGACGGAACUACGAGGCUAUCAUCCGCGUCAACAGCCAGAGCGGCAAAGGCGGCGUGGCAUGGAUCAUCAUGCGCCAGCUCGAACUCGACUUGCCGCGAGGGCUGCAAGUGGCUUUUAGCAAGAUCGUGCAGAAGGAAACGGAUAUGCUGGGGAGGGAGUUGCAGCCGACGGAGAUCAAAGACCUCUUCGUCGACGCCUAUCAUCUCCAGCGCAACCCCCGCUUCCACUUAGUCGACUACGACAUCACCGCCGACCGCUCCGCGUCCCCCGCCCCUCCCCCCGCCGAUGGCGAGCGGAAGACGUCGUCCUCGACGAAUCUGCGCCGGAAAUUCAGCGGCGUGAUCGAUAUCGACGGCACCGAGCACGAUAUCGUGGGGACCGGCAACGGUGCUCUCUCCUCUCUGGCCAACGCGCUCAAGACGCUGGGGAUUGACUUGGAUGUGGCGGAUUACAAAGAACACUCCAUCGGCGCCGGACGCGAGACGAAAGCGGCGACGUACAUCGAGUGCACGGCGGCGAACUCGGCGCAGAAGGUGUGGGGCGUGGGCGUGCAUCAGGACGUGGUGCAGGCGAGUUUGAUUGCGCUGUUGAGUGCGGCGAGUUCGUUCCUGAGCUCGAGGCCUUCGACGCCUAACCCUUUUCGGCCUAAGCGGUCGAAUACGCAGAGUUUGAGCCCCGGAGCGGCUUUGGAUGGGAUCAAGGAGAGUGCGAAGGGGGCGCCGGUGGCGGGGGAGGAUGUCAGGGAUGGGGCGAAGGUUGUGGCGGGGUUGGAGGAGAAGGCGGAGAAGGGGGAGGGAGGGGUCAAUGGGCAUGCUUCGUGA